UUUGUCUCCGUCUGCCAACUGCCGAACGUCAUGUUGGUUGUCGGUCUCACCGGCGGCAUCGCUACCGGCAAGUCCACCGUCUCCAAACUACUCAGAGAUGCGGACAUUCCCAUUGUCGACGCCGAUGUCCUCGCGCGCCAGGUCGUCGAGCCCGGCACGCCUGCGCUGAAGCGCAUCGUCAAAGCCUUCGGGCCGCAGAUCCUUCUCGAGGAUGGCUCUCUGAAUCGCAAAGCACUUGGCGAGAUCAUCUUCAACGACGCGGAGAAAAGGAAGGUGCUGAAUGGUAUUGUUCACCCUGCGGUCCGGUGGGCGAUGGUGCGGGCUAUCGCGAGGGCGUGGCUGACGGGAAAGCGGGUGUGCGUGACGGACGUGCCGUUACUCAUUGAGAGCGGUAUCUGGCGAUUCGUGGGCCAGACGGUGGUGGUGUCGUGCCCAUUCGACGUUCAGCUCGAGCGCCUCAUGCUGCGCGACCAGUCAACGGAGGAGGCCGCGAGGGCGAGGAUCAACGCGCAGAUGAGCAUGGCGGAGAAGGUCGCGUAUGCGGACGUCGUGCUGGAUAAUUCGACAACUCCAGAAGCGCUGCGUGCGCAGGUCGAGGAGCUUCUGCAGCAAUGGCGAAAGCAGACUCGGUAUACUUGGCUACUCGAGUGGCUGGUGCCUCCUGUGGGUCUGCUGGUCGCUGCUGUGACCCUGGCGUAUAGGAAUUGGAGAUACGCAGCUCGUCGACGCUCAAUCUCCAAGGACGCAUAGCAUAGAUCACUUACGACUGCAGAAGCCAUACAUUUGACAGUCAGCCUGGACUCACUUUUUCUCUGUUACGAGAGCUGGAAAGGAUUCGUGUCUACGACAUCACCGGAGUUCUCCGCCCGAGUUCAGCGUCUCGUGCGGGUCACCAGCAGCCUGCAUAAAUACCGGAAAAUAUUAGACGAAGGUGGCGUGCUCAUGUCGGUCGUACUAGGUACCAUGACGAUGUGCUCGUGUAUUCACCGUUAACAGCGGUGUGGUAUCUCACCGGCUUAUCUGGGACAUUGGGCAUAACGCAGAGGAAUCACAAACUAGUGUACGUCCAAGCAGCGGCUGAGUGUGUAUGUACGAGACAGGAAUACCCACGUUUGGACCGCCUAUCUGCAUGUCAAUCAGGUGGCGUCAAAGGAAAA